CAAACUGAAUAAUGCAAACAAACUGAAGCCCCCACACUUAGCGCACUGCACAAGCGAGAAGUCCAGGGGACUCCGAUUCAAUAAAGGGUCAGAUCAGGAACAAACAACGUAUUUUGAAACAUGUUAUUUGGAAAACUGGUACUGUGUGUCUUCUCCCUUGUUCUUGGAGCCAACGUUGGUCUGGGAUAUGUUUAUAGUCGCCAGCGACGAUCGGGGGAAUGGGAUGAGGGACCACCAGACCCCGAAUCUACUCUUUCAGAUUCCCCGUGGGUAAGCACCUCGGGAUCAUGCAAAGGAAGAUGCUUUGAACUACAAGAAGCUGAACCUCCUGGCUGCCGCUGUGACAACUUAUGCAAAACCUACAACAGCUGUUGCACUGAUUUCGAUGAUCUUUGCUUAAGGACAGCUCAAGGCUUUGAAUGCAGUAAAGAGCGCUGUGGAGAGACGCGCAAUGAAGAAAACGCCUGUCAUUGCUCUGAGGACUGCCUGGCCAAAGGCGACUGCUGCACCAACUACAAAGCACUUUGCAAAGGGGAAACUCCAUGGGUGCAGGAUGAAUGCGAGGAGAUCAAAACCCCAGAAUGUCCUGCCGGUUUUGUUCGUCCUCCUCUGAUCCUGGUCUCUGUGGACGGCUUCCGAGCCUCUUAUAUGAAGAAGGGAAACACCGUCAUCCCCAACAUCGAUAAACUGAGAACAUGUGGUACUCAUGCGCCCUAUAUGAGACCAAUGUAUCCCACAAAAACCUAUCCCAACUUAUAUACUCUUGCAACGGGCCUUUAUCCUGAAUCCCAUGGAAUUAUUGGCAACUCCAUGCAUGACCCUGUGUUUGAUGCCAACUUUAACUUUAGAGGUCGAGAGAAACUGAAUCAUCGCUGGUGGGGAGGUCAACCAAUCUGGAUCACUUCAGUCAAGCAAGGGGUAAAGGCUGGCACUUUCUUCUGGCCUGUAGUAAUUCCUUUGGAACGGAGAGUACUGACUAUUCUGCACUGGCUCCACCUUCCUGAUAAUGAAAGGCCAUAUGUCUAUGCUUUCCACUCUGAGCAACCAGAUAUCUUUGGCCACAGACUCGGACCUUUAAGCAGUGAGUUGAAUAACCCUCUGAAAGAGAUUGACAGAGUUGUUGGGCAGCUGAUGGACGGCUUGAAGCAGAUGAAACUGCACCGCUGUGUCAAUGUUAUCCUCGUUGGAGAUCACGGAAUGGAAGAAGCCAAUUGCGACAGAACUGAAUUCUUAAGUUCUUACCUCCCUAAUGUGGAUGAUAUUAUUUUGAUACCAGGAUCUUUAGGCAGAAUUCGCUCAAGAUCACCCAACAAUUCCAAAUUUAAAGUGAAGCGUUUCGGCAAACGUCCCUCAGGGCUGCUCAGGAGGACCCUUGCAAACAUGCUAAAAGAUGACCCUAAAGCAAUUGUAGCUAAUCUAACGUGUAAGAAAGCAGACCAGCACUUUAAGCCUUACCUGAAGCAGCACCUCCCUAAGCGCUUACACUACGCCAAUAAUCGAAGAAUUGAAGACAUCCAUUUGCUUGUGGAAAGGAAGUGGCAUGUUGCAAGAGAUAUGUUGGAAUCAAGCAUUAAAAAUCAUCUGGAGCCAUGCAGUCACUUGGAUUAUUCCCUCAGGAAACCUGCUGAAGGAAAGAAGCACCCUGGGAAAUGUGCUUUCUAUGGAGACCAUGGCUAUGACAACAAGAUCAACAGCAUGCAGACCAUCUUUUUGGCCUAUGGACCUACAUUUAAAUACAAGACAAAGGUUCCACCAUUUGAAAACAUUGAACUCUACAAUGUCAUGUGUGACCUUCUGGGUUUGAAGCCUGCUCCCAACAAUGGGACCCAUGGGAGUCUGAACCAUCUCUUGAAAAAUCCCCCAUUUAAACCCACCAUGCCAGAAGAAGUAGCCAAGCCUUCACAUCUGACGCCUGCUUCCUCAGUAACGGAUGACUUGGGGUGCACUUGUGAUCUGAAGAACAAAGGAGAUGAACUGAACCAACGCCUGCUAAGCAAAGGAUCAGACGGUAAAAUAUCUGAGUUUUUUUUCUUCUGUUCCUAUGUUUAAACUGAACUUCCGAAA